CCUAAAACCCUAGAAAGAACGUUAAGCCCUCCUCCAGCCUCGCCUGAAACCUGAAACGACGCCAUGGGGUCGAAGAAGAAGAACAGGAAGAACAAGAAGGAAGAUAACAACAUCAUCACCGAUCCGCGAUUCGCCUCCGUCCACUGGGACCCGCGGUUCAAAAAUGCUCCGAAGCACAAGGCCAAGGUCGAGAUCGACGACCGCUUCAAGGCCAUGUUCACCGAUCCCCGCUUCGCUUCGUCCUCGGCUCCGUCGGACAAGCGCGGCAAGCUCAAGAAGAAGGCCGACCCGGGCGAGGCGCUGCGCCACUACUAUCAGACCAACGAGGACCAAGAGGAGGUCAAGUACGAUAAGGUGAAUACCAAAGAGGAUGAGGAAGAAGACGAAUUGAGCGACGAAGAGGUUGAGAGUGAGAAAGAAGCCGAGAAGGUGAAUUUGGAAGAGGAGGAGAGUGAGAGUGAGGAGGAAGAAGAGAAGGCGAAUCUGGAAGAGGAGGAGAGCGAGAGUGAGGAAUUGGAGGAGGAUGAUGUGGCCGGAAGCGAAUCGGAGACGACGACGGAUACGGGGACGGAUGAUGAAGAAGAAGAUGAGGUGGUUUUUGAGGACGGUAUGCCGGCAAUGCAGAACGAAAAUAUACCUGAAAUUGAGAAGGAAACUCACAGGCUUGCUGUUGUUAACCUGGAUUGGAGGUAUGUUAAGGCUGUUGACUUGUUUGUGGUGUUGAGGUCAUUUCUUCCGAAAGGUGGAGAAAUGAAGUCUGUUGCUGUGUAUCCAUCGGACUUUGGAAUUCAGCGUAUGAAAGAGGAAGAAAUUCAUGGUCCUGUUGGGCUAUUUGAUAAGAAAGAUGAGGAAGGUGAUGAAGAAAGUGAUGAUGACGAUGACAAUGACGAGCUUAUUAAUCAGAAAAUGCGUGCUUAUGAGAAAAGCCGGCUGAGGUACUACUAUGCUGUAGUGGAAUGUGACUCAAGUGCCACAGCAGAUUACCUUUACAGAAAUUGUGAUGGAGUUGAGUUUGAAAGGUCAUCAAAUACUCUUGAUCUAAGAUUCAUCCCUGAUUCAUUGGAAAUUAAGCAUCCACCCCGUGAUAUUGCAACGGAGGUACCUUCAAACUAUGUUGGUUUGGACUUCCAAACUAGAGCUCUGCAGCAAAGUAAAAUUGAUAUUUCUUGGGAUGAGGAUGAACCAGGGCGAAGGACCUUGAAACGAAAAUUCACUGCUGAUCAGCUUGAUGAAAUGGAGAUGAAUGAGUUUUUGGCUUCUGAUGAGAGUGAAAGUGAUGAGGCCGAGGAUGAGGCCGCAGAUGAUGCAGAGGAUAAGCCUGAUAAAAAGAGUAAGAAAAGAGAUAUGUACCGUGCCUUAAUCCAGUCUGGAGAUGGGGAUGGUUCAGAUGAGGAUGGUGAAGAGGAUGGCCAGGAUAUGGAGGUCACCUUCAAUACUGGCUUGGAGGAUUUAAGCAAGCGCAUUCUUGAAAAGAAGGAUAGGGAAUCAGAAACAGUUUGGGAUGCCUAUCUCAGAAAAAGACGUGAGAAAAAGAAGGCUAAGAGAAACAGGUCUAAUGAUUCAUCAGAGGAUGAGAGUAGUGAUUCUGAUCAAGAAGCAAAAGAAGAGCCAGAUGAUUUCUUCAUUGAGGAACCUUCAGUUAAAAAGAGUAAAAAGGAGUCUCGGAGUAAAAGUAACAAAGAAGAAAAGCAGCGCCAAGAUAUGGAAAAGGAAGCAGAAGCAAGUAGAAAUGAGCUUGAGUUAUUACUUGCUGAUGACAAGGGAGCAGAUAAAGGUGUAAAGGGCUACAAUUUGAAACGUAAAAAGGCAAAGGGAAAGAAGGGUAAGGAAGUUCCGGAGGAGAACAAUAUACCAACUGCUGAUUUGGAAGAUCCACGCUUUGCUGUCAUGUUCACCUCACCCCUCUUUGCUCUGGAUCCAACAGAUCCGCAAUUCAAAAGGAGUGCAACAUAUGCCCGGCAGGCAGCACUGAGACAACGGAAUGGUGGCCCAGAGGAAGUGCCAGAAAGGGAAGUAAAAGUACAAUCCGAGGGUUUCUCGUCAAAGAUAGGGAAAUCUUCAUUAAUCAAAUCAAUUAAGAUGAAAGCCAAGCCCUUCGAAAGGAAAGAGGAAAUUUUGCAAUUCCAAGGUAAAAAGGAAACAAAAGUUGAGCAGGAUCCCCGAACCUUAGUACAACCAGUUAAGAAGAAGGCCAAAGUUGGAUGAAAAUGAAACCGAUUGAAACCAAGGGCAUAUCUCUUCAUUGCCUGAAGCAUCAUUCAAAGAAAUAGAAUUCCAAGUUGGACGAUUCAGUAAUCAAGCACACCUGCUUAGGUCAAGUCAUGAUAAUCUAUCUUGCAAAACUUAAAAUUUUAUUCUUCUGGUUGAAGGCAGUUUUGGUUCUUUUUCCUUAUUAUGCGAUACAAUAAGAUCACAUUUAGAGUUC